AGAGAGAGAGAGAGAGAGAGACAGAGAGAGAGAGAGAGAGAGAGACAGAGAGAGAGAGAGAGAGAGAGAGAGAGAGAGAGAGAGAGAGAGAGAGAGAGAGAGAGAGAGAGAGAGAGAGAGAGAGAGGGGGCGCGCAUGUCCAAUCCUUCCAUGCAGGCUGUAGACGCUCUUCACCACUGGCGAGUUUUUCCUCCUUCCCUCCCUCUCUCUUCCACCCAUCUUGCAUGUGCUACGUUUACCGAGCCUGACAGAUCUCUCUCCAGCGGCAGCGGACACUGCGGGGGGAACAAGCCCACUAUGGAUUGCUAAAACUCGGGCUUCUUCUUCUCUUUUCCCUCCUUCUCUCUCGCCUUGUGUCCUCCUCCUCUAUGUAUCUCCACAGUUGUUAAGGGACGGAAAAUGAGGAUUAUUUACCCGCACUUUCUCGGGGUGUUUUCCGCCCUAUGGGGGCUGGCGACUGGGGCUUUCCCCAGCAGCGUUCAGAUAGGUGGUCUGUUUAUCAGGAACACGGAUCAAGAGUACACAGCGUUUCGAUUGGCUAUCUUCCUGCACAACACCAGCCCCAAUGCCACAGAGGCUCCUUUCAACCUGGUACCCCAUGUCGACAACAUCGAGACAGCUAACAGCUUCGCCGUCACAAAUGCCUUCUGUUCGCAGUACUCGCGGGGUGUGUUUGCUAUCUUCGGCCUGUACGACAAGCGUUCGGUGCACACCCUGACGUCGUUCUGCAGCGCACUGCACAUCUCCCUGGUCACGCCCAGUUUCCCCACGGAGGGGGAGGGCCAGUUCACCCUGCAGCUCCGCCCCUCUAUCAGAGGAGCUCUGCUGUCCCUGCUGGACCACUACGACUGGAGCCGCUUCGUAUUCCUCUACGACACAGACAGAGGUUACGCCAUCUUACAGGCAAUCAUGGAGCGUGCAGGUCAAAAUGGUUGGCAGGUGAGUGCCAUCUGUGUGGAGAGUUUCAACGAGGCAGCGUACCGUCGUCUGCUAGAAGACCUGGACCGCCGGCAGGAGAGGAAGUAUGUCAUCGACCUGGAGCCUGAGAGACUGCAGUGCAUUCUAGAACAGGCCAUUAGUGUGGGCAAACAUGUCAAAGGCUACCAUUACAUCUUGGCCAACCUCGGUUUUAAAGACAUAUCUCUAGAGAGGUUUAUGCAUGGUGGGGCUAACGUCACAGGGUUCCAGUUGGUUGACUUCAGUAAGCCCAUGGUCCUCAAACUGAUGCAGCGCUGGAACAAACUGGACCAGAGAGAGUACCCAGGCUCUGACAGCCCACCCAAGUACACCUCGUCUCUGACGUAUGAUGGGGUGUUGGUGAUGGCCGAGGCCUUCAGGAACCUGCGUCGUCAGAAGAUAGACAUCUCCCGUAGAGGAAAUGCUGGAGACUGUCUGGCCAACCCAGCUGCCCCCUGGAACCAGGGCAUAGACAUGGAACGCACACUCAAACAGGUGCGUAUCCAGGGUCUGACAGGUAACAUCCAGUUUGACCACUACGGCCGCAGAGUCAACUACACCAUGGACGUGUUUGAACUGAAGAGCAACGGACCACAACGGAUUGGCUACUGGAAUGACAUUGACAAACUGGUUCUGGUCCAAAAUGAGGUGUUGUUGUCCAAUGACAGCACCAACUUGGAGAACAGGACAGUCGUCGUGACAACAAUCAUGGAAGGUCCGUAUGUGAUGCUGAAGAAGAACUGGGAGAUGUUUGAGGGGAAUGACCAGUUCGAGGGCUACUGCGUGGACUUGGCCUCAGAGAUCGCCAAACACAUCGGCAUCAAGUACAAGAUUGCCAUCGUCCCUGACGGCAAGUACGGAGCCAGAGACCCCGAGACCAAGAUCUGGAAUGGCAUGGUGGGAGAACUGGUUUAUGGGAAAGCAGAGAUAGCGGUCGCCCCUCUGACUAUAACCCUGGUCCGUGAGGAGGUGAUAGACUUCUCUAAGCCCUUCAUGUCCUUGGGGAUCUCCAUCAUGAUCAAGAAGCCCCAGAAGUCUAAACCUGGAGUGUUCUCCUUCCUGGACCCUCUGGCCUACGAGAUCUGGAUGUGUAUCGUCUUCGCUUACAUAGGAGUCAGUGUGGUGCUGUUUCUGGUGAGUCGUUUUAGUCCGUAUGAGUGGCAUGCAGAGGAGCCAGAAGAGGGCUCUACUGAGCCAGGCCCCAAUGACCAGCCACCCAACGAGUUUGGCAUCUUCAACUCUCUCUGGUUCUCACUGGGGGCCUUCAUGCAGCAGGGCUGCGACAUCUCACCACGGUCUCUGUCGGGGCGUAUAGUGGGGGGCGUGUGGUGGUUCUUCACUCUCAUCAUCAUCUCGUCCUACACGGCCAACCUGGCUGCUUUCCUCACAGUGGAGAGGAUGGUAUCGCCCAUAGAGAGUGCUGAGGAUCUGGCCAAGCAGACGGAGAUCGCCUAUGGAACACUGGACUCAGGCUCCACCAAGGAGUUCUUCAGGAGGUCAAAGAUUGCUGUAUAUGAGAAGAUGUGGUCCUAUAUGAAGUCUGCUGAGCCCUCUGUCUUCGCUAAGACCACAGCGGAGGGCGUGGCUCGCGUCCGCAAGUCCAAAGGGAAGUACGCUUUCCUCCUGGAGUCCACCAUGAAUGAGUACACGGAACAACGCAAGCCCUGCGACACCAUGAAGGUUGGAGGCAACCUGGACUCCAAGGGAUAUGGCAUUGCCACACCUAAAGGCUCACAGCUAAGAACCCCGGUAAACCUUGCGGUUUUGAAACUGAGUGAAGCAGGCGUCUUAGACAAACUGAAAAACAAAUGGUGGUACGAUAAGGGCGAGUGUGGACCCAAGGACUCGGGAAGUAAGGACAAGUCCUCCCAGGCCCUGAGCCUGAGCAACGUGGCUGGGGUCUUCUACAUCCUGGUGGGGGGUCUGGGCCUAGCCAUGCUGGUGGCCCUGGUCGAGUUCUGCUACAAGUCGCGUGCCGAGGCCAAGCGCAUGAAGCUGCCCUUUACAGAAGCCAUGCGGAACAAGGCUCGGCUGUCAAUCACGGGCAGUGUGGGUGAGAAUGGGCGUGUCUUAACACCGGACUGCCCUAAGGCCGUCCAUGCUGGCCACUCCCUCAGACACCCAGGGCUUACCCUACCAUCGGGCCUACCCUGAAAACCAAAAACACACACUGUGCCUUAACCACACACACGGCUACGUCAUUACCACCCCGACGCCACACACACAGACACACAGACCAGAGACCGCCAGCAAGCUAACAGCAACAACAGGGAGAGAGGAGGGACAAAUAUGAUGAUCACCAUCACACUAAAAUCCUAAUUUGAGCUCCAUGAAACAAGGACAACAAGGUGACAAACUAACAGUGUUAGAACACUGACGACGUGGAACCCAAAAGAAAAACUGAGAAAGAUAAAAAGAUGAAAAUGGUGAUGAUGAUGGUGAUGAUGAAGACUAUGAGCAAUGUCAUGAGCGGGCAGACGUGACUUUAUCUGCUCCAAUGUGAUAGACUGCGUCCUCUAACAAGCCACACCCCUGAUCCCCUACCAGGAAACAAUGCUUUAGGACAAAUCUUCAUCAUCUUCACUUGCCUACGAAGAAUAAGCUCCAGGCGAAUCACUUAUAAGACCAGAAAACUGUUAACCUGAAAACGUUGGACUGUACAAACCUGCUCUUUCUCCAUGAACUGUUCAGACGAACAUGCUUUUACAACGCUUUGGUUAGCGUCUCGCAAACACAAUGCAGAGAUCACUGAAGUUACCGUAAUAGAUGAAAACUCAACUGAUAUCUCCAAACUCUUAUGACUAACACCACCGUAGGAUUCACAGGGGUUUGUAAAAAAUGAAAAUAAAAAGAGUAAUAGCUACUGAAACGAUCCAUAAUAAUGACAGUGACGCUAAAUAACAACUACAUGUAUCCCUUCUCUGGGCGGGAAACAGAGGUAAAGCUGUACAUUCUGUGAAAAGUGAAGAAAACGUAGAAAGGUAAAUCCCCCAUAUAAGGUAUUGUUUUUGACCAGGGCCAGAUUUAGCCAUCUAGAGCGCUGGUGUAAAGUUGUCCACUAUAUGGGGGACAGGGUGUCACGUGGGACAUGUUGUUUUCCAGUGGAGAGGGAAGGUACUGACUGUUUCAGAAGCUUGCAUUUUAAACUGUUGUAAAUUACUGUGUAGCAAAACUGAACUCACCUCUCUUUUUUAAACAUCUUAGGUAAUAAUUCAUUGCAAUAAUGAAUAUAAGAAAAUGCCACUUGUAAUUAUGAAUACAUCUUUUUAUAAAUACAUAUUAUAUAUAAUACAAAUGAAUAUAUAUAUAUAUAUAUAUAUAUAUAUAUAUAUAUAUACACACAUCUAUAGAGAGCUAUAGAAAAUGAUAUGAUCACCAUUGAGUGAGGCCAUGACAUAUGUUCUGUUAAAGGGUGUUUUGAUAAUGAUAAUGAUUAUGUUCCACAGUCUUUGUAUGUCCUAAUCCACACUGAAUGUCAAUCUGACACCCACAAACAAAUUUACAAACACGAACACACAUCGUCACUUACACAGUGUCAACUCUUACAGAACGAUCUUUGACACGAGAUGUUUAUUUUUUUUCUAGUUGUUUGUUUGUUCCCCGUUUUUAUUUCGUUUUUUUGUCCACCAUUUUGAGCACAUAGCCUCUGUUCGUACAAUAGUCCCAGAUCUUUGUGUUUAUUCCUGUGAAAAGGUUACUUUGUCUGACCGUCUUCUGUUUUAAAGUCUAUUGCAGCUGUCUGGAUGGGCUAAGAGGAAAGGGAGAAAGAAAAAAUAACUAAAAUAACUAAAUUCAAGUUUAUUUUUAAGUACCACACGUUUAAAAUGAAAGAGUUCUAACUGAAUGGUGGAGUUUGGUGGCAUUGACAGCAGUUGCGUGGGUAGUAUUGCCUUGGCCCUGGCAUUUUGAGCACUGUGUAUCUCCUCUCCUCCACUCUUCUCCUCUCCUCCCACUGACAGGGUCCUGCCUAAACUGAGUGUCAAUGCACACAAAGUCACCUUGACCUAACCCUUUUCAUUAAACCUUUGACCUUCUCUAGCUUUGACCUUUCGACUCUUAUAGGCACUGACAUGACCAGUCAGUCUUUAAACUAGUCUUUUUCUCUCUCCCUCUCCUAACACUCUAGAGCUUACAAGAUAUUUAGAUCGUUGUUUUAGUUUUCAAUCUCCCACCAAAUGAACUAAUCCCAGGCAGGCACUCCUAUCUGUGUAUCGUUGAAGCAGACAGACUGACUGCUGGCUGACUACUAACCACCUUAGGUUUUUCUGGGUUUAACACAAUCUUUCUUUGUAUUAGGUUUCUUUUUCUAGUAAAAUAUCAACCCCUCUUU